AUGUCUUCAUUAACGUGUUUAGUUUGUGGCGAUAUUUCAAACGGAAGACAUUACGGUAUUUUUGCGUGCAAUGGCUGCAGUGGUUUUUUCAAAAGAAGCAUCCGAAAAAAUUUGGCAUACAAGUGUCACGUGAAAAAUAAUAAUUGCACUAUAGAUAAAUGCCACAGAAAUCAAUGUCAAGCUUGUCGUUUCCAAAAAUGCCUCGAUAAAGGCAUGAACAGGAAUGCUGUUCAGAAGGGGAGAUUGAAAUGGAAAAGGGCUAUGUAUUACAGACGAUUAGAUUUUUAUAAUAAAGUGGGCCUCUAUCAGAGAUUAUUUCAUAGGGCAUAUAGAAUGACUCCAAUACAAGAUAAUUAUCUAUGCUCGAACAUGAAAAAGUGUGGAAAAAAUGUCAACCAUGAUUUCUCAGCGAUGAAUCAACAACCAUUGCCAUUUUCAAUCCAGGCAUUAUUAGAACAGCCAAACAAGAACUCUAAUUAUUGUAACGAUUUUGAAAUUAAUCAUGCCAAUGCGAACUUUGCACACCACCUGAACAAUAAUUAUUACAUCUAUUCUGUUUUGCUUCAUCACAAAAUUUUUAACAUUACCAGCACUUUUGGUCACUUUGGCCAAGAGGGUCUGGCCCUUCAUAGUAAUAUAGGCAUACAAAUUAAGCUCCUUUCAUCAAAUUUGGAGGAUAUCGAUAACCUUUCCCAAUAA